UGAGCGGGGUGGAAGGAAGGGCAGGCCGGCCUAGGGCCUGGGAGCUGGGGCUCUGCUGGGGGCAGAGAAGAUUCCUAAGUCCGGAGGAAGGAGGUUGGUGGGGGGUUCUGAGGAAUCCACAGCCCGGGACUCAGAGCACAGUCUGCACAGACAGCCCCGUGGGGCUCAGACACUAUGGAGCACGGAGCCACUGGGAGCUCUGCAGCCACUGGCGGGGCCCGGGGCACAAUCUUUAUUAGAACCUUAACUGGUCACAUGGGGGCUGUGGAUGUGUGUUGGGAUGACACCGGGGAGGACCUGAAGAGGAAGGCGAUAGAGGAAAACAUCCACCUUUACGAUGUUGACGGGUUUAGACUGAUAUUCGCAGGCAAACAGCUUGAAGAUGCCAGGAGUCUGCAGCACCAAGGGCUGACCAAUCACUGCACUGUCCAUGCAGUGCGGCGCUUGCGCGGCGGUGGCGAUCCAAGCUUCCUUCCUCCGGUCUUUCACUUUCCUGCUGUAACUGCACAAGGCAGAGAGGGAGCCCAGCCACAUUCCUCAUCUCCAGACAAAACAGAACCUGAGGAACAAACACCUAUGCAGAGACAGCACAAAGAAAAUGCAAAAAGAGCUGUGGCUGAUCUUAGAAAUUCCACCUUACGAAAGGAAAACUGCAAGCAGUGCACCAGCAAGAUCCUACCAGAGGUAACGCCAGAGAUUGUUCCAGGCACAGAGGAGAACAGGACCGUGUACAGAGCUCGCAUCCCCAGCGCUGGCUCCUUCCGCUGCUCCAAAACGGGGCUUGGCUUUGAGGUGAGCGCAGCAGUGACCGUCGAGUACGAAUACGGCUCCUGGGCGGAGAGUCUGAGCCCAUCUGCCAGGCAGGAGUGGAUGGUCGCCGGCCCCCUGUUCCACAUCAGGGCCGAGCCCGACACGGUGCGAGCCGUGCACCUCCCCCACUUCGUGUGCCUUGCAGCUUUGGAAACAGGGGCUGCUAAAAGGGCAUUUCACAAGGGAGUUUUCCCGGUGAAGGAGGAGCAAAUACAGCAUCUGUGGAGAGAGGAUUUAAGUUCAUGCCAAAUCGCCCAUUUUGAAGCUGGCCACAUGACCCUGGAAACUCCAACAAGAAUCCAUCUCUUCCAUGUUGUCCUAGAAAAUCCCAGCUUCUCCCAGCUUGGCGUGCUUUGGAGAAAGAUACGUUCAACCAUAACGUUUAUUCCCAUCCAUUCCCUUGUGCUGAUCUACCGGGCACUCAGGGCUGCAGACAUUACACUCCACCUCUACCUGAUACCCAACGACCACUCACUCAGGAAGGCCAUUGAAGAAGAAGAAACGAAGUGGGAGUCAAAGCUCAUUCUCAAACCUCCUCAGACCAAUGCGCUGUACUUUGGAUCUCAGUAUGAGGUGUCUGGUACAUCAGAGCUAAAGAUAACUCCUGACCAACUGGAGCUCUGCUAUAGAAGCCCCGCAGACCAGCAGCCUUAUAUUGAGCUCUACAUGACGGAUCUGGAGGAGGAAAUCAAGCUUCACAUGAAAGACAGAAAAGACGGGAAAUUGGUUUGGAAGACGUUUGUGAGGCCAGGGGACGUUAAAAUUCCUGCAGCAUCGUCCCAAACACUCACAGCUCGAGGCGUGUCCUUUGUGAAGAAGCACCGGGAGCAGCUCCGUCGUCGAAUGGGAGCGAUCCAUCCCAUCCUGGCUCGCUUACGGGACAUAGAGGCAAUGAACAGUGAUGAAGAGGAGGAGGUGCUUAGUAUGCAGUCCAGGAGAAAGGGGAUGAACGAGGCCUUACUGCAGCUGGUUGAGCGGAAGGGAGCUCAGGCCCAAGAAGAACUCUACCAGACUCUCAGAGAGACGGACCCUUUCCUUGUACUAGACUUGGAGAAAUCCAGCUAGGGCCUGGAGAUGCCGCUAACAGCCACCUGUGCUCCUGGCUGUGCCACCGCCAGUCUGGGGUGUGAACAUAUUCUUACCUUUGUUAUUUACGCAGCAACAUAAAGCUGGUUUGAUACGA